UAAAUCAUCAUCUAUUUAUAUUCUUGGAGUCUUGUUGUUACAUAGAUGUGCUCACAAACUCAAAUGACAUUUAAUUUUCCAAAUGUUUGCACACUAUUUCUCUUAGUUUUAUUCUAUUUCAUCAAAUUUUCUGAUGGGAAAGUCUUCUCGGAUCAACACCCACUAUCUAUAUCCCGAACCCGUGUUGAAAAAAUGACCCACCUACACUUUUUCUUCCAAGACAUUGUAAGUGGAAAACGCCCAACGGCGAUCCAAAUAGCCACCCCAAACCGCGCUUAUGGUACAGGGUUUGGGGAUAUGAUGAUGGCAGAUGACCCGUUAACGGCUGAGGUGGAUCGUAAGUCGGAGAUUAUAGGGCAAGCCCAAGGGAUAUAUGGGCUUGCAUCUCAAAAUGAAGUUGCAUUGUUAAUGGUCAUAAAUUAUUUGUUUACCAAGGGGAAGUACAAUGGGAGUAGUAUAGCUAUUGUUGGAAGGAAUCCCCCAAUGCAGGAUAUUAGGGAGAUGCCCAUUGUUGGUGGAACCGGGCUUUUUCGCUUUGCUCGUGGAUAUGCUUUGGCCCAUACUGUUUGGUCCAAUUCACAAGGAGAUGCUACUGUGGAGUACCAUGUUUAUGUGUAUCACUUUUAGAUUUUUCAUCAAUGAAUUUUUAACUUAUACUCCUUCUGUAUUGAAGAAUGGAUAAUGUACUUUCUUUUUGUAUUGGUUUUGUUACCUUUUAUCUAUAUUAUGAUUAAUGAUC